AGCCAAUGGGCGAAGAGACAAGGCGAUCUCCAACACCCGCAGCUGUGAUUAGGAAAGCCUGUUGAUCUGAGGGAGAAGAGGGGCAUUUGAGCUUGAAGGUGAGGUGAGUGACGGUGGUAUUAAAGAUUGGACUUCAUGGAGUAGGCCGUAGGCGUAUUGGUGGUUAUGUUGCACCAAAAACUGCUUAGCUCUGUGUUUUUGCACAUUUUUUCCCAAAACGGAACUUUCUCGGACAAGUGCCGGGUUGUCUCUGGAGAGCUGCUGCUUCUCUCAUCCCACUUUGGUUUGUGUGAAACUUGAAACGGAUGAGGAGGGUGAGCAGUCACCACUAAUUUUUUGUACUUUUUGAUUUUGGACGCGCUCUUGUUAGGCCUAAGAGGCUCUCACAUCGCUUGGGACAUGUCUGAAAGAUCGCAGAGUCCGGAUUGCCAAAUCCGGCCAUAUGACUUUAGCCGGACCAACCCUUGCACCCAGAAUUUGGGUCAGGAGAGUUUGGGCAGCGCUACUUCAUUCCAGCUUCCUCAUGGCGUCCUACCAGACCCGAGCCUGUUCUACAACAAAACAGCUUAUAGUGGCAUCACACCGGCAUCCACGCAGACUUUUUUCCCUUUCCCACCAGUCACAAGUGACUACAGGGGAUCCGACCACCAGGCUGGAGAGUUUGGGCAACCCAAGCACUGGUAUCCCUUCGCUGCGCCCGAGUACACCGGCCAGGUACCCGGCGUAACAGCAGCCACCCAGCCUAUAAACCUGAGUCCCCCCAUAGCCGAGACCCGGGAACAAAUCAAGCUACCCGAAAUAAAGACUGAGAAAGACACCGGUGAUGAUUACUCAACGGAGAUAAAGGUUCAGCAGUAUCCGACACCUCCAACUUCCGCCGCCAUGCCCCAUGGAGUCUUCUACUCCACGGCCUGGAAUCCGUCUUUCUGGCCCGGGAUCACCCACAUCACACCGCCCGGCGGCAGUAAUCAAAAUCCCUCAACAUCCUCUGCGUCUUCACCAUCUAUGUCCCCCUCACCCCCAAGCAACGGGCUUCCAGGGAAUGCGUUUUUCAGCGUGAACACGACCCAGGCUGCCACCGGUCCCCAGACGCAAAACCCGACGCCCUCGACGCGUAGCAGCGGGUCUUCCAGCGGCGGGUGCAGCGACUCUGAGGAGGAGAAUCUUUCCACCGAAGAACUUGAGCAGUUUGCCAAAGAGCUUAAACACAAACGCAUUACUUUGGGUUUCACUCAAGCUGAUGUUGGCCUGGCCCUGGGUAACCUUUAUGGUAAGAUGUUCAGCCAAACAACUAUUUGCCGCUUUGAGGCUCUGCAGCUGAGCUUCAAGAACAUGUGCAAACUGAAGCCCCUGCUUCAGAGAUGGCUAAACGAGGCAGAGACUUCGGAAAAUCCCCAGGAUAUGUACAAGAUUGAGCGAGUAUUUGUUGAUACCAGAAAAAGAAAGAGGAGGACCAGUCUGGAAGGAGCUGUGCGCUCUGCUCUUGAGUCUUACUUUAUUAAAUGUCCCAAGCCCAACACCCAGGAGAUCACGCACAUUUCAGAUGACCUGGGUCUGGAGAGAGAUGUGGUACGCGUCUGGUUCUGCAACCGAAGACAGAAAGGAAAGCGCCUGGCCUUGCCACUAGAUGAGGAGUGUGAUGGCCAGUACUAUGAGCAGAGCCCUUCCCCUCUGAACAUGGCUCCAUCCCCCAUUGCCAGUCAGGGCUACCCUGCUUCCAGCUACUCUGGUGCACCCCCUCCCACACUCUACAUGCCCCAGCUUCAUCGUCCAGACGUCCUGAAGCAAUCCCUGCACCCUGGACUGGUUAGUCACCUGACUGGAUAAACAUGCUCGGUUAGUCCUGGCCAGAACCACAGAUUGCAUAAAGCUUCUCUAUCCAACCCCAACUCAAGCUGAAGACAAGCCUCUAAAUGCUAUAACAAGAUCGACCGAUCAUAUCGUUGGAUCCUGGGAUAGAAACAUUAAGAGUGCUGAGGCUUUUCUACUGAGUGCAGGAGUGAGAUUCAUCAGUGGUUUGUGGUUCCUGUUCAGAUGGUGAAACUUGAUGAACUUUCAAGGGCCAAAUGCUCUCCUACAUGACAAGCAACUCGGCAACUACACUGAAAUCAAACUAAAACAAAGAGGAACAUUUAAACUGAAUAUUUGUGAAGAUGCCUUGUUCCUGGAUAGUGCAUAUUAAGUUAUUUCUCAGGCUUUAAUUAUUGCGGGUUUAGAACCACAUCAAAUAAGUGCUACAGUAUAUGGUCCAGUUAUUGGGACGGAAUGAUUGCAAGCAGGGUUCAAGUUUAUCAACCAAAUCGCAACGUCAGCCUCUUUCAACCAAAUUCAUCUUUGACAGCUUGGUGAAUGUUUGUGCAAUACUUCUGUAUUCCAUCUGAAUAGACUAGCUACAGUAUUUGAACUGUUUAUCAUUGAAAUGGAAAAUACAGCCUCUUUCCAGAUGUAUUUUUACAUUGAUUUUUGCACAGUUGUUUUUGUUUUUUUUAAGUCACAUUUGUGUACAUGAUUUUUUUUUUUUUUUUUUAAACCCCUAUGGUUGUCAUUGGUAUCUUGAACAAAUAUUUUUAGCAUUAAUUGGAGAUUCAAAGUAAUAUUCUGAGGGAGUGUCAUUACUGAUUUGUUACUCUUAGCUGCUAAUUUUACCAAUUGCACAUUGUUUGUUUUCUGUGUCUCAGGUGGUAGUUUUAUUGUGACGUGACUUGAAUUAAUCAUGUUGUCAAGUUGAGGCUGCAACUGUCAAACUGUACUUCUAUACCUCAUUUUAUUUUUAUUGUAAAGGGUUUUUAUGUUUAUGAAAUGUUGAAUAACACUCAAUACUAAAGGUUUGGGUGCUCAUUGGAGAAUUUCACUUGUCUGGCCUUGUUUUUAUGAAGUUUGGGGUUUUUUUUGUUUUUUUUUUAGAUGACUGAGCUUUAGGAAUUCAGACAUAGAUGUCAUUUUGUCACUGACUGUACCUUAUAUGACCAUGAGCUUGUUGGUAAAAUCAAACAACAGUCUGUAGUCCUAGAAUGACUUCAGUGUUAAUGAAGAAUUUUACUAUUUAUGUACAUCUGUUGUGAAUGAAUUAAGUGUUAGAUCAGUAGUUUGGCAUAUUUUUCAACAGGUAGAAAAGUGAAUAAUUUAUUGAAAUGCCAGCUCCACUGUUUUCAAUCAAAACACUAAACCAACUGACUUUUAAUGUUGAAUUUGUCCAUGCAUUGAACUAUAUGUGCAACCUGUUUAAGGUUUGCUUUAUUCCCAGUAAAAAAAUUUUGGACAUGA